AUGCGUCACAUUGCCGAUGAUUUGCAGUCGAAAGCCCACUACUUCAACCGUCAGCUAGUUCUAUGCUGUAGUCUCAUCGCCUUGUCUACCUUCAACUAUGGAUUUGACAACCAAGCUUUCGCCACCACCCAGGCCAUGGACGCCUUUACGAAGCAGUUCGGAGAUUACAAUGGAUCAACUGGCAAGUAUGGGCUACCAACCUCGUGGCUGUCGCUUUUCAACUCGCUCAAUUACAUCGGGUUCGCUGCCGGUGUACUUACUGGUUCCUGGAUAUCUGGCCAUUACGGACGCCGAAUGUGUAUGUUCGUCAUGUCCAUCUAUGCCCUUGCCACAGCCACAAUCGCCGUGACGUCGCACAGUAAGGAACAGAUCAUGGCCGCUCGCAUACUUAACUACGUGUACGUCGGAAUGGAGCUUGCUGUCGUGCCCGCCUUCCAGUCCGAGAUUGUUCCAGCGCCGGUCCGUGGCCUUAUCGUUGGGACUUAUCAGCUCUCCUUGAUAAUUGGUGGCCUCGUCAUCAACUGCAUCUGUCUGGGCACUGCACAUCUGCCUGAUAACCGAGCCUGGCGGAUCCCGAUCGGCCUCUUCUAUAUUGUCCCGACAGUCAUUGCAUCCCUCGUGUGGUUGAUUCCAGAGUCUCCUCGCUGGCUGUUGUCCCAGGGACGCGUCGAUGAGGCCCGGGCAAACCUGUUGCGGCUUCGGUCUGGUGCAUUCUCAGAGGAUGAGAUGGAGGCCGAGCUCCGCGAGACACAGUAUCAACUCGAAAUUGAGAAAGAGAAGGGAAAGUUCUGGGAGAUCUUCCGGCCUAGGAACCUCAAGCGGACGGCCUUAGUUGUGGGUAUCAACAUAUUUCAGCAAGCCACUGGCCAACAAUUCGCCAGCCAGUACGGCACUGUAUAUGCCAAAAGUCUAGGGACCGUCAAUCCGUUUGUGUUUACCGCCAUCGUCGCAGUCAUCAACACCUUGGCUACUGGUGUUUCGCUGUUGAUCAACGACAAGGUGGGCCGUCGCGGGCCGCUCUUGCUGAGCGCAUCAAUCAUGUGUGCCAGUCUCAUUGCCAUGGGAGGCCUUGGCACGCCAGCCGUCUUGACAACCAGUCUCAAGAUCGGAAUUGUCAGUAUGCUGAGCCUUAUGGCUUGCGGCUUCAGUAUCGGCCUCGCUCCACUGACAUAUGUUGUGGCGACCGAACUGCCCGCCCUGCGCCUCCGAGAUGCCACUCUGAGGCUGGGCUUCUUUGUCAAUGUAUUGUUCAACUUCCUGUCCAACUUCUCGCUGCCGUAUCUCCUAUAUGAACCUUACGCCAACCUUGGGUCUAAGACCGGGUUCGUCUUCGGCUCGAUAGCAGCUCUUGCCGUCGUUUUUAUUUUCUUCUGCGUCCCAGAAUGCAAGGGGAAAUCCUUGGAGCAAAUUGAUCGCAUGUUCCUAGAAAAGGUACCGCUACGCAAGUUUGGCACUUUCGACGCCAGCAACCUCAUGCCUGUGGGGUCGAAGCUAGAAGAGUCGAGAGCCGCGGACCUGGAGGAAGUAGAAGUGCCUCAUCAAAAGCACUAG